AUGGCCUGUAUCAACCCUCGCCACAUUCCGCAGUCUUUGCUUCCUCAGACGACAUCAUUAAAGAAAAGGACCGAUGCCAUAGGUCUUCUUAAGGCCUUUUCAUUUGUGAAUGAAGAGGGCGAAGCCUGUUCUCUUAAUAUUCACCGACUCGUCCAUCUUGCCACCCGGAACUGGGUGAGGAAGAACCAGCUGUUCAGCCAGCAAAUUUUAAAGACAGCAGAUCGAUUAAGGGAAGCCUUUCCAGAUAAUGACCAUACCAAUCGGGAGCUGUGGCGCGAACAUCUGCCUCAUGUUCUUUCAUUGACUGAAGAAGCUGAAUUUCAAAAGGAGCAGGAGAAAUAUGUUGAUAUGGUUGAGAACAUUGGGGAUUGCCUUCUCAGUGACGGAAGAUAUAAGGAAGCAGAAGAUCAGUUCUUGAAGGUACUAAAGAUCCGGAAACAGGUGCUGGGGCCAGAGCAUCCAUACACUCUGUUUAGCAUGACGCAGUUAGCAUCAACAUAUAUGAAUCAGAACCGACGGAAAGCAGAGGAGGUGCAGGUGCAGGCAACAGAGAUGCACAAAAUGGUGCUAGGGCCAGAGCAUCCACAAACUCUGAUUAGCAUGGUUUACUUAGUAGAAACAUAUGGGGGUCUUGGACGAUGGAAGGAAGCAGAGAAGCUAGCUAUGGAGGUGUUAAAUAUCCAAAAGCGCGUGCUGGGGCCUGAGCAUCCCAACACUCUGCUUAGCAUGGCCAAGUUAGCAAGGGCAUACUGGUAUCUGGGACAACAAAAGGAAGCUGAGGAGCUGCAGGUGCAGGUAACAGAGAUGCACAAAAAAGUGCUAGGGCCAGAGCAUCGGAGCACUCUGAGAAAUAUGAACCGCCUAGCAACAACAUAUAGGAACCAGAGACGAUGGAAGGAAGCAGAGGAGCUGAAUGUGGAAGUGAUGAGGAUCCAGAAACAAGUGCUAGGACCAGAGCAUCCUGACACUUUGGUUACCAUGGCUGACUUGGCAUCCACAUAUGAGUCUCAGAGACGAUGGAAGGAAGCAGAGGAGCUAAAUGUGGAAGUGACGAGGAUCCAGAAACAAGUGCUAGGACCAGAGCAUCCUGACACUUUGGCUACCAUGUCUGACUUGGCAUCCAUAUACCGGUCUCAGGGACAAUGGAAGCAAGCAGAGGAGCUAAAUGUGGAAGUGAUGAGGAUCCAGAAACAAGUGCUAGGGCCAGAGCAUCUAUACACUCUGCUUAGCAUGGCCGGCUUAGCAUUGACAUACUGGCAACUGGGACAGGAAAAGGAAGCUGAGGAACUGCAGGUGCAGGUAACAGAGAUACAUAAAAAGGUGCUAGGGCCAGAGCAUCCACACACUCUGAGCCACAUGUACAGCUUGGCUUUCUUCUGGAAAUUGCAAGGGAAGAUUCAAGCCGCAUUGGCUCUCCUGGAACAAUGUGUUGCGCUCCAGAGGAAAGUCCUGGGACCAGACCAUCCAGCUAUCUUGUUGUCCUCUCGCAACCUCAUGGAGUGGACAAAAGAGGAUGGCCGGUUAUUAGAUGAUCACCUGCUGCGACCUGAUCAGGCCAAAAGUGAUCACAUCCCGAGGGGAUCUAAGCGGCUGUGGCGGUCACUGCGCCAGAUAACGAAGAGCAGAUCGAACGUAUGGAAAGGCACCAAAAGUGAAUAG